AUGAAGCGAAGGCCUGAGAAUACUCCAAGAGUGACACGUCAUAACCCACGAGCCGUACCUGGAACUAAGAGCGUGCUGCUAAAAAAUGGAAUUAUUCUUGAUGGUGUCGGAGCUGUUGUACAUGGUGAUUUGUUAAUAAAGAACGGUAUUAUUGAGGAAUUUGGAAAGGAUAUUGAUGAAGGAGAAGCUGAUGUUGCGAUUGAUGUUCGUGGAAAGUUUAUAUCACCUGGUAUUGUCGAUAUGCAUAGUCAUGCUGGAGUUUACUCAUGGCCUUAUCUGAGAGGAUCUAUGGAUCUCAAUGAAUCGACAGAUCCUAUUACACCUUUUGUUAGAACGAUUGAUAGUAUUAAUCCAAGCGACCCGG